CGGAGGCCGAGCUCGGCUGGGCUUCGCGAGGCUGCGGCGCGGCCACGGGCGGGAGGGCGGUAGCCAGAGCUUCGAGGCCCCAAACCCGAGACUCGGGGGCGCUGAGCGGCGCCCGGUUGUGGGGAAUAGCCGCGCGGUGCUGCUCGCUCCUUUGCAGACCGCGUUCCCCUCACUCCUUUUAGGAAGUGGUGGGGGCAGUGUGGCCGACGGCGAGAGGUAGUCGAGCGCCCGCUUGGAGAAAGAAGGCAUUCACCUGUGCUUCGAGACAGCACUCCGGGCGCGCAGGGAGCGGCAGCGAGCUCUCGCUCUAGGCACCAUGGGCUGCACGCUGAGCGCCGAGGACAAGGCGGCGGUGGAGCGGAGUAAGAUGAUCGACCGAAACCUCCGCGAGGAUGGCGAGAAGGCGGCGCGCGAGGUCAAGCUGCUGCUGCUCGGUGCUGGUGAAUCUGGGAAAAGUACAAUUGUGAAGCAGAUGAAAAUUAUCCAUGAAGCUGGUUAUUCAGAAGAGGAGUGUAAACAGUACAAAGCAGUGGUCUAUAGUAACACCAUUCAGUCAAUUAUUGCCAUCAUUCGGGCCAUGGGGAGGUUGAAGAUAGACUUUGGUGACUCAGCUCGGGCGGAUGAUGCUCGCCAACUCUUUGUGCUUGCUGGAGCUGCUGAGGAAGGCUUUAUGACUGCAGAACUUGCUGGUGUUAUAAAGAGAUUGUGGAAAGAUACUGGUGUACAAGCCUGUUUCAACAGAUCCCGGGAGUACCAGCUUAAUGAUUCUGCAGCAUACUAUUUGAAUGACUUGGACAGAAUAGCACAACCAAAUUAUAUCCCAACUCAACAAGAUGUUCUCAGAACUAGAGUGAAAACUACAGGAAUUGUUGAAACCCACUUUACUUUUAAAGAUCUUCAUUUUAAAAUGUUCGAUGUGGGUGGUCAGAGAUCUGAGCGGAAGAAGUGGAUUCAUUGCUUCGAAGGAGUGACCGCCAUCAUCUUCUGUGUGGCUCUGAGUGACUAUGACCUGGUUCUGGCUGAAGAUGAAGAAAUGAAUCGAAUGCAUGAAAGCAUGAAGUUGUUCGACAGCAUAUGUAACAACAAGUGGUUUACAGAUACGUCUAUUAUACUUUUUCUAAACAAGAAGGAUCUCUUCGAGGAAAAAAUAAAAAAGAGCCCUCUCACUAUAUGCUAUCCAGAAUAUGGAGGAUCAAACACAUAUGAAGAGGCAGCUGCAUAUAUUCAGUGUCAGUUUGAAGACCUCAAUAAAAGAAAGGACACAAAGGAAAUAUACACCCACUUCACAUGUGCCACAGAUACUAAGAAUGUGCAAUUUGUUUUUGAUGCUGUAACAGAUGUCAUCAUAAAAAAUAAUCUAAAAGAUUGUGGUCUCUUCUAAGUUUUGCAGUUAACGGUAAAAUGCAUUUUCAAACCAAAUGAGUACUUAUAUAUGGAUCUCUCUAGACUAGAGUCUUGCAGCAACACAGAAUGUAGUAUACAGCAAAUGCAUCUGGGAUCUGACCAAAGUUGUUCUGUUUUGUUUUUUUAAGUGAAAGUAACAGGGGGACUGUUCUUAAAUGUGAAAGAUGGUCCUGUAGUGUGAAACCGAAGGACGGUGUUACAGCUGGGCUCUAGUAUAUUGAUGAUUUCUGUGUAAGUGUAAAUAUGCAAAUGUAUGUAUACAUGUAUUUAUGACUUUAGUUUCUCACAUUACUUUUAGGUUUUAAGAGUGGCAACUUACAAUUCUAGUGUGAUGGCUUUGGAAAUAACAUAAAUAUUAAGUACCUUGUACUGAAUGACAGACCAUUACUAUGUUUGCCAGUUUUAAACAGAUUUAUUUAUGUUUGUGUCCUGUAAAUUUUUAAGUACAGUAAUUAAUAUUAGAAAACAUUGCAGCCCUUAUCUUGAUUAUAUGUAUACUUGUAUUCAUAAAAAGUGUUAUUUGUACAAACAUUGCACAGACUAUUUUAAUAACAUGAUUUGUUCUUUAAAUUUAAUGUGUUUUAUUGAAAAGUUCUUAAAGAGGAUGACUGUACCUGACUUUGGAUCAAUUAUUUAAAUUGUGUGCAUUUUGAUUUUUCUUUUACGAAAAUAACAAUUUGAUUUU